GAGGUCCUCGUUUUCAAAACAAACAAAAUGGCGGCGCACAUGAGAUGGGGACUUCGCCAGUUGUUACGGACAAGAAAUACGUCUCACAUUAGGUUUCCAGACAACGCCAGAAGCUCAUAUCACUCACAGUGCACGACUCAGAGCUUCAGGAAGGUCCAGCCUCAGCCCUGCACAGGAACCACACACUUCUCAAUAAGACAGCUGUCCAUCCAGACUCAAGACACUCCAAACCCCAGCAGCUUGAAGUUUCUCCCUGGUAAACCUGUCCUAGGAAGUGGGACGCUUGACUUUCCCUCUCCGAGCUCAGCUGGAUGUUCAUCUUUAGCCAGGGACCUGUUUGAAAUCGAAGGAGUGAAAAGUGUGUUCUUUGGCCCUGACUUCAUCACAGUCACGAAAGCAGAUGAGGAUGUGGAAUGGACAGACAUUAAGCGCCAUGCUUCGGAGGCCAUUGCUAAGUUCUUUGAGAGCGGUGACCCGAUAACAACAGGGGCAGUGUACAAUGAAAGCAGCCAUUCUGAAGAUGAUGAUGAAAUUGUAUCUAUGAUAAAGGAGCUUCUGGACACCAGAAUCAGACCUACAGUGCAGGAGGAUGGAGGCGAUGUCAUCUUUAAGGGGUUUGAGGACGGCACAGUCAAGCUCAAGCUGGUCGGUUCCUGCACAGGUUGUCCCAGCUCCACGGUUACCCUGAAGAACGGCAUUCAGAACAUGCUGCAGUUUUAUAUCCCUGAAGUAGACAAUGUGGAACAGGUGGAAGAUGAAGUGGAUGAAAUCAACGCGAAGGUUUUCUCAGAGUUGGAACGCAAAUUACAAGACUAAAGACUUACUCGAACAACACACUUUAGAAGAAACAUAUGUUCCACUGAGUAAAGAGAAAAAGUUAUUACCUGCUAUUUUGUGUGCACACUAUAUACCGUUAGGAGUUCAAGCUGUAAGUACAUGUACAUACUGUAUGCCCCUGUUACCAAGACAAUGAGAUACAGGAAAUAUACCUGUAUAUAGAAUAUAUUGUCAUUCUUCUAACCAUUCAAAAUGUUCUGCUGUGAUGCCUGUAAUUGUUGUGAUUUAUUUAUUUAUUAUAAAUAUUGUAUAUUUUGAAAUAAUAUUUUCAUAGGAGGGAGAUAUUGUCAAAGUUUUUGACAUUGUUUAUGGUGAUGCAGAAUGAUGAUUUGAUAAGGUAUUCCAGUUGUUGCUGAUUUAUCAAAUUAAACCUGAACUGUUUUUGCUUGUUAAUGCAUCAUCUAUAAAUGACAAAAAAUGUAAUUUGCUAAAAUUAUUAUUGAAGCUGAAGUAGGUUUACAAUAUGACAUCCUGUAAGACGUGUAUGCUGUAUUUAUCUGCUUUGUGCUGUAUUUUCUUUUCAGAUUUACUGUAUCACAUUAAACAGAACUCAUAGUUUGAAAGUAAA